CUUUUCGUCUUAUCAGUUUCCUCUCUGUUUCCUCUUAUAAAUCUGUACGCAGAACGCGAGUCGCAACUUUUUUCUCGAGUCUCCUCUGUACACACAGGGUACCAUAGAGAAACCUCUUUGUCUCUCUUUCUUCUCUCCUUUUUUCUGAGGUUUUUUUUGGAUAAAGAGAUGCCUGCUUGGUGGGGGAAAAAGUCCUCCAAGAACAAAGAGGAGAAGCUGCAGCAGCAGCAGCAGCAAGAUAACCCAUAUGGGAAAAAUGAUGUUACCAAGAAGAAGACCACCAAACAGAAGCCUAAGAGCUUUGAUGAGGUCGUUUUGAACCGGAAUUCCCCACGUGGGAGCAAGGAUUUCGCAGGUGGGUCUACCGGGUUUUCGGGUUUUGAUUCGGAUUUGGUCGAGAAGAGAGGGCUUCCACUUCCUACGCCGUCUGGGUCUGGGAGUGAUCAUGGGAUUGGUGGGGUUGGGUUUGGAUCUGGGUCCGCUUCUGGUUCCAUGUCCAGUGUGAGCUCUUCUGGGUCUUCCUCUGAGGAUCACCCGAUUUCUAAUGAUCAUCACAUUAGUCUUUUUGGUGGUUAUAGAGGACAAGGUGAUAUAAGGUUCAAUAUGGAGUCAAGAAGCCCAGGUGCGGGAUCAAGAAGUCCAGGUCCCGGGUCUAGAAGCCCCGGUCCUGGUUCUAGAAGCCCUGGUCCUGGAUCUAGAAGCCCUGGUCCUGCAUCAAGAGGGCCCAGCAGGUCUGCAUCGCCCCUUCAUCCACUGUUAGGAGGUAUGAAUCUAGACUCUCCAACAGGAAGGCUGGAAGAUGGGAAGAGCCAAUGUCAUCCACUGCCUCUCCCACCAGGUUCUCCUAGCAGCCCUUCUUCCUUGCCGCCAAUCACGAGAACUCCUGUUGUGACUGAAAACACAACUGUUCCAGUUUCAAAAUGGAAGAAAGGAAAGCUACUAGGAAGGGGAAGUUUUGGACAUGUUUACCUUGGAUUUAACAGUGAGAGUGGACAGAUGUGUGCAAUAAAAGAAGUCAGAGUUGUUUCAGAUGAUCAGACGUCAAAAGAAUGUCUUAAGCAACUGAACCAGGAAAUAAAUUUGCUUAGUCAGCUUUCACAUCCAAACAUUGUCCGAUAUUAUGGAAGUGAACUGAGUGAAGAAACACUUUCAGUUUAUUUAGAGUAUGUCUCUGGUGGCUCAAUUCACAAAUUACUUCAAGAAUAUGGUGCCUUAAAGGAUCCCGUAAUUCAAAAUUAUACCAGGCAGAUUCUUUGUGGGCUUGCCUAUUUGCAUGGAAGAAAUACUGUGCACAGGGAUAUCAAAGGGGCUAACAUAUUAGUAGAUCCUAAUGGUGAAAUCAAGCUGGCUGACUUUGGCAUGGCAAAACAUAUUAAUGCUUGUUCUUCAAUGCUUUCCUUCAAGGGAAGUCCUUACUGGAUGGCGCCUGAGGUUGUAAUGAAUACAAACGGCUACAGUCUUGCAGUCGAUAUUUGGAGCUUGGGAUGUACAAUUCUUGAAAUGGCAACAUCAAAGCCGCCAUGGAACCAGUAUGAAGGGGUCGCUGCAAUAUUCAAAAUUGGAAACAGCAAAGAUAUGCCUGAUAUACCUGAUCACCUGUCAAAUGAUGCAAAAAGUUUUAUAAAGUUGUGCUUGCAACGGGAUCCAUCAGCACGCCCUACAGCUUCACAAUUGUUGGACCAUCCUUUCAUUAGAGACCAAUCAACAACAAGAGCUGCUAACUUCAACAUAACAACGGAUGCCUUUCCAUACACUUUUGAUGGAAGCCACACGCCGCCUCUGAUAGAUCUCCACUCCAAUAGAACGAGUUUAACUUUGUCUGAUGGAGAUUAUGCAAUGAAGCAAGUGCUAACUAAUACCAGAGGAUUGAAGAAAGCCAGGGAUGACUCAAUGUUCACAUCUUUACCGGUAUCCCCUUGUUCUAGCCCUUUACGACAAUAUGGAUCAGCUCACAAGAGCUGUUUCCUUUCGCCACCUCACCCAACAUAUGCAUUGGUCGGACAAAGUGGUUACAACUUAAGUGAUUACUCAAUGUAUUCGACAAGACCAAACACAAUAUAUGCUCAUGAUAUUGGCUUGGAAUCCACUUUUUUAAAAAGCAGAACACCUGGAGCAUCUCCAAGAACAAGGCCCAUUUGAGUGUAAAUACCAACAACGUACUCUAUUCAUACUUUCCUCAGGAUGUGGUAUGGGCUGGAAUCAAAAGGUUCUGUCAUCCAUGGUUCCUUGCUCUUGAUAUGAUGAUUCUCUUCACUUGAGUGGAAGAAUGGAGUUGGUGGAUUCUUUUACUAGAGGGGAAAGACUUUCGGGUGAUCAUUGUGAUCGUUGUAAAUGGCCGGUGAGUCGCCAUGUAUGUUACCGUCAUGUAGUAAUCCCGUAAAUUUCAUAUCAUUGCUUAUGCCAACACUUGUAGCUAUAUAAUGAAAAGGCUGAAUGCAUAAAUUAACUCUUGAAUUUUUAUAAUUUAAUAAAUAUAAAAAAGUCAAUGGAUAAGAUAA